ACGUCAGUGUGCUCUCAAAACAAAUACGUAUACUGCAUGCUGUGUACAAUAUUGUGCGCCUUGUUCAUCUAUGCGUUUUGAGUCUUCUAUUUGCGACUUAUUAAGCGUUAUUUCAUACUAGAAUCCUAGAGGAUUUGUGCAUCAGUCCAUUUAGCUCGUAUUUUCGCCCCAAAGUCCCGUCCAGAGCCGGUUGUCGUCGCAACAAUGGAAGUAGAUCGCGUCGCAUCGGACUCUGAAAACGUGGCGGCGGACGAAAAACAAGUCGAGGUCGACGGAGCUGGGGACGCGGCCGCCUCGCAACCGGAGAAAUUGCGUCGCAAAAACAAGAAAUACUCCCGUAGCAACAGCAAGGAAGCCGCCGCACCUGUUACUGGCGUCAGCUCGUUUCCAAAGUAUCGCAGCUGGAAGAAUAGCCGCCGACCGCGCAAUGGGCACGGCAGGGGCUUGCCUAAGAAAGGUGGCGCUGGUGGUAAAGGCGUUUGGGGAGUACCAGGGUCGGAGCUCCUCGAGGAGUACGUGGAAGACGCGAACGAUCCCAACUACGACUCGGAAGCUGUCACCAACGGCGAUGUGGAGUUCAAGCAGGUCAUAGUCGAGGCUGAUCCCGAGGAGAUCGCGCGCAAAUCGGAGCCUGUGAUACUGGAGUACUUCGAACAUGGGGACACGAAUGCGGCCGCUGAAGAUUUCUUAGAGUUCCUCACGGCUAUGAGGAGUCAUGUGGUGUGUGAAACAAUAGUAGAGAUAGCAUUAGAGCAUAAACCUUCCCACUGUGAAAUGGCGUCCGUUCUCAUAUCGGACCUUUAUGGCAGGGUGUUCUCAGCCAAGGACAUCGGCCAUGCGUUCAGCCGGCUGCUGGACAAGCUGCCGGACCUGGCGCUGGACACGCCGGACGCGGCGGUGCUGCUGUCCAACUUCAUCGCGCGCUGCGUCGCCGACGACUGCCUGCCGCCCAAGUUCGUGCAGACGCAGGCGGCGCGCGGCGACGAGCUCAACCCGCCCGCCAGACAAGCGAUACACAGGGCAGAGACGCUGCUGUCAAUGAAGCAAGGGUUGGUGCGACUGGACAACAUAUGGGGUGUCGGCGGUGGCAUCAGGCCGGUGAAGUCGCUGAUCCGCCAGAUCCAGCUGCUGCUGAAGGAGUACCUGACGUCCGGCGACCUGGCGGAGGCGAUGCGCUGCGUGCGCGACCUGGAGGUGCCGCACUUCCACCACGAGCUCGUUUACGAGACAGUAUUAUUAGCGGUGGAGGCGAUCAACUCUAGCGUGGAGGAACAGUUGUGCAUGUUCUUGGCUGAGUUGAGGCGAUGUGUUAUCGUCACCCCGGACCAGAUGGACAGGGGUUUCCUGCGGGUUCUGGAGGACAUGUCGGACAUAGUGCUGGACGUGCCGCUCGCGUACAUAAUGCUGGACCGCUUCGUGGAGCGCUGCCAGCUGCGGUUCCGUCUCGGCGCCAACGUCGUCCAGCGCAUGCCCACUAGGGGUCGCAAACGCUUCGUAUCCGAGGGUGACGGCGGCGCCAUCAAAGACCACGCGCUCAAACUGCGCGAGUAGACGCGCUAGCUUGUAUGUUUGCACUACGUCAUAUGCGAUGCGCGAUAGAACGUACAAUAUAUAUAUACAUAUAUGUAUGUAUAUUCGACAUUUUAAUAUGGUACACAUUUGAAUUAUCCUAUUUGCAUUUAAUAAAAUUCAUCGGUAUCUUAAUAUAAAUGCGAAAGGUUAAUGGGGAUGAUGACUAGGUUUGAAUAUAUUGAUUUUUAUGAUACAUUCGGGUAAAUAGGGUCAAUGUUAACUAAUUUAUACAUAAAAAGCAAAGAUUGUCUGAAUAUUUGCAAAAUAAAUGAGAUUAUAAAAUUUCAAAAUCUAUUAAAAAUAUUUUAUCGUAAUUAGAUGAAAAUUCAUACAGUUUUAGCUUCCUUACAUUAAAUGUGACAUUUUUUAAUAGAUAAACUAUAAACAUAAACGCACAAAUAACAAAGAUAUUAGUAAUUUUGUUUGAACGCGCAUACAAAUCUAACGAUCAUUACAUUGGCUAUGACGUCAUUAGUUCGAGCCAUUUUGUAUGGGGCGUUUUUCAGGGAUCCGCGGCAGCGCCGCAAAUCUGCCUCUUUAAAUCCCUGUAGCUCCGAAAGUAAUGAUCGCAGAUACCCUGUUACUUUUACAAAAUUGCUUUACUAUUAGCAUACACUUAAUUUAUAUACAAUUUAAAAAACUGUCAUCAUCCCUAUUAUCACAUAAUCUCAAAAACAGCUUGACGCUUUAGCGAUUUAACGUUCCGGUACGAUGUCGUGUAGAAACCGAAAGGAGUGUGGAUUUUCAUCCUCCUCCUUACAAGUUAGUCCGCUUCCAUCUUAGAUUGCAUCAUCACUUACCAUCAGGUGAGAUUGUAGUCAAGGGCUAACUUGUAAAGAAUAAAAAAAAUGCUUGAUGUAAAAAGAUGUUGGUAGGGAGGUAGUUUAUAGUUGAGGUACGUUAAGAGCGGAUUUUACGAGAGAGCCGGAUUAAGGAGGUCUAAAGGCGGACGGAUCCACGGGCGUCUGCUAGUACUCAAUAUAUCCGAAUCCUAAUCGGCUGGGCCGAUGGACGUUAGGGUCCCAAGGUGCUGGAAUGGCGACCCCGCAAUAGAAAGCGCAGUGUUGGUCGACCCCCCACCAGCUGGACUGACGAUAUAUGACUGAUAAAAAUAAUGAUACCGUCUUGUUAUUUUUAGAAGAUCCUCAAUCUCCUUCAUCGGUUCUCAGAUGUAAUAGUUUUUCAUUUCUUUUAUGAAAAUAUAUUUAAAAAUGUAUAAAUAAAAUGUUUUUAUUAAUACAUUUUUAGAAUUAUCAGAAAAUGGAAUUCCAAUUAAUAAUGAUGAUUAAAGAUUGUCAUUUGUUAUCUGUUCUAUAAAAAUUCGAUGACAUUAAAAGAUUUUUUUUUAUCCUUAACAAGUUAGACCUUGACUGCAAUACGUAAGUGAUGAUGCAAUCUAAGAUGGAAGCGGAGUAACUUGUAAUGAAUGGAUGAAAAUCCACACCCAUUUCGUUUUCUACAUUACAACGUACCGGAACGCUAAAUCGCUUGGCGGUACGACUUUUAUCGAUAUGAUAACUAGCCACGGCCGAAGCCUCCCACCAGUCAAACCUGGGUACCAUAUUAAAAUCCUCGAUUUUACAUUAUAUACAAAUCAGUACAAAACCAAUAUUUUAUAUAUAAUAUGUAUCAGACCUAGAAUAACAGUUAAAACUGUUUUUUUUUUUAUACUAAAAUGCAAUUAAAUUGAGAAAUCCCAUUUCUGAUACAAAUUAAGAUAUUAAUUAUACAAUAUCUGAGUAAUAACUUGCUAUAAAAUGACCAUAAUCAAUUAAUAGACAUUUUUUAAUACUAUAUACAUAAUAAUUAUAGUUCUUUGUCAUUAUGUCAAUAUGUCAAUAGGACGCCAUCUUGUAUUUUUUUUUUCAAUUAAUUAUUAGACUCCGCGCCACGAAAGAAGUCGCGCGGCUAAAACGUGAACUAAAAUUGACAGCGCCUUAUACAAAUGACAACGAGUGUCAAUAAGACAUUAGCGCCGCGUCUUUGGGACUUGUUUCGUGGCGCGGACUAUAUCUGUGCAUGCAAUGGUAUUUAGAUGUAUGCAUAAUAAAAUGUACCUAAAUAUAUUCCUAAAAUAUUGAACGAAUGCAAUACACAUAGUGAGGACGCUUCCACGUUUAUAUUACUAAAAUUAAAAUUAUAAUAUUUAAGUAACAAUAUUACAAUUAACAAAAUAUAGUAUACAGAUUAACUAUUAUUAACAUUGAACUACGUUAAAAUUGUCUGUGACGCGUAAUGGCGCGUAUGUCUUCAUUUGUCAUUCUUUUUUUUUUUAAUUUACUAAGCUCAGGGUGUUAGCCAUUUUGAAUUUGGUGUCAGUCCACUUGACACUUUGAUUUAGAACCAUAGACAAGCGUUUUUUUGUUUAAUGUAAUAAUUAAUAUUUAAGUAUAUAUUUUUUAAAACGGCACGGCAUUUGUGAGUACCUUUUCUUUUUUUUUUUUAAUUAUUGUGCCAUUUGUAUGAAGAUAUUGAGAAUUUUUGAGGCGUGUAUGUUUUUGAUUUGCGAUGUUCUUCAAAGCUGUAUGCUCGUAUGUUUUUUUUUUCAUUAUUGAAUUGUAUGAAUGUAUGGAGGAUAACCAUUGAUAAAGAUUUUUUACUGCAGAAAGAAUUUUGUUAGAAUAGGCUAAUUGUCACUUUUUAAAAUGGUGUUAAAUUGUGAAAAUAAAAAAUUUUGAGACGUAAAUACAUGAAAAUUUUUAAUUUUUAAAUAUUUUUUUGACAAUUAGAGCCAAAACACUUACCAUACCAUAGAUAUUUUUUGUCGAAUUUCUUGUUCUUACGUACUAUAAGUAGUACAGAUAUAGUAAGUAGGAGGUUAUUUUUUAUCGUUUCAUGACGUCACGUAAGCACUAAACCUUAACCAAACGGUUUAAUGUUUGUCAAGUGUCUAUUUUGUGACGUCAUGAUGUUACUUUAUGCUAUCAACCGUAAUCGUAGGAAUAAACAUAAACUAAGGCAUGUCCAAUUUUUUGCUUCUCUCAGUCCUGCUAAAACACUGUUUAGUGUUUCCGGGUUUACGUGACGUCAUGACACAGAUAAAAUAUAGACCUUGGCCGAUAGCGUUUUAGCUCGUAUUGACAAAAAAUAUUUAAUUUUUUUUUUUUUCUGAAAAAAUAUGAUACUUUUUUUCAAUAUAGUAGAACGAUAAUGAACAAUUUAAAAUUUUUCAGUUAGCCUAUUAUGUACUAGCCUAUUAUAUAUUUGACAAAAUUUCCGGCUCUUUAAAUAAGUCUACCUGACUUUCAAACCAUUUUGAGAAAUUCAAUACUUUAAUUUUAAGUACAAAUGUAAAAUUGUCUUUGCUUUUAUUUCUAUGGUUUUUCACUACCACUGCUAUAAGUAUGGUAGUUUUCUAUUAUUAUUUUAUAAUAAUAGAAAAUAUUUUUAUAAAUAUAUUGGUAAAUUAUCAUAAUUUAAAAGUUCAUUUAGCGAUGACGUCACUAGUCAUGCGUUGCAUCCUUUUCAUCCACUACCAAUGGAUUAAGACAGAAUAUAUAUAUAUUUUUAAUUUUCUUUCAUAAACUACAAAAUCCUUUUCAUCCCCUACCAAUGGAUUAAGACAGAAUAUAUACAUUUUUUUAAUUUUCUUUCAUAAACUACAAAAUCCUUUUCAUCCCCUACCAAUGGAUUAAGACAGAAUAUAUUUAUUUUUUUUAAUUUUCUUUCAUAAACUACAAAAUCCUUUUCAUCCCCUACCAAUGGAUUAAGACAGAAUAUAUACAUUUUUUUAAUUUUCUUUCAUAAACUACAAAAUCCUUUUCAUCCCCUACCAAUGGAUUAAGACAGAAUAUAUUUAUUUUUUUUAAUUUUCUUUCAUAAACUACAAAAAAGUCUUAAAAGUCGUUCAUCGUGUCAUACGCAGUCGUAGUGAAAAGAUGGGAAUGUACAAUAAUGCAUUUUUUUUUAAAUAAUUACUUAUAGUUACUUUCGUAGACACAGUACCCGGUGAAAAUACACAAUUAAAAAAAAUUGUGUGUCUGACUGUCUAAAUAGUGUAUGUUGUCCCGCAGCAUACACUAUGUACUACUCAAUACUUAUGUCUGUUAUUUGUCUCAUCACUACAAAGACAAACAGUUGGCAUAACCUUGCAACAGCGCAGUUCAACAACCUCGUACGCCAGUUCGAAGUUACAUCGCCCUGUCGGAAAUGCAAUUUCUGAGCGGCCGAAGGUCAUGCUUUCUGCAUACAGCUUGUAUACUCUAUUUUAGCUUGGCAACUUCGUUCGUAACACUCCCGAUGUUCCGCGCGGGCCGGGGAGGCGUGUAGCGAUGAACGAAAAACCCACGACUGAUGCACGUCACGAUUUCACACCCGCGCAGUCUUUCCCCCCCGUCGCCCGCAUAUCAUGGGAGUGUUAUCAACGAACUUUCCAGACUAUAAUUAAACCAUUAAUCGGUCACUCAUAGAGGUAACUGGAACAAAUUGUAGUAUAUAAUUGCUUGUGACAGAGAUGACAAUAUAAUUUACUUUGCGUGGGACAGAGAACGCUAUGUAAAGGAAGCUUUUUUUUUUUAGAUGAGGGUAGUUGUGUAUUUUGCGGGUAGUGUGAUAAUAUAGUGUUAAGUUGUAUUAUUCGCCUGUCGUGGCUGAUGCGAUGUGUAAAUAUUGCCUCGAGGCAGAAAUUAAAUAAAGAUAUGUUCAAUA